AUGGCGGCCCCCGAUCUCAUUGAUUUCGACAUCAUCGAAGCACAGAAAGAAAACGUCCAACAGCUCCCUGGAGGCCGAUCAGCUCGCGAACUCGCCCGGAUUUUCUCAGGUGGCAGCAACAGCGACAAGCUGGCUUCGCCUACACCCAAUGACACACGAACCCUGAACGACGCCAUCCGACAAGAAUACGAAAGCGAACUCCAAUCAAUCGGAGAAUCAGACGACCCUCUCGACGUUUACGACCGUUAUGUGAAAUGGACAUUGAACGCGUACCCCUCUGCGCAAGCAACCGCCGAAUCCGGCCUCCUCCCGCUCCUGGAGCGAGCGACAAAGUCCUUCCUCUCAUCAUCACACUACAGAAAUGACCCACGAUACUUGAAGCUGUGGCUACACUAUGUCCGACUUUUCUCAGACGCCCCACGGGAGACAUUUGCGUUCCUUGCCCGGCACCACAUUGGUGAGGGACUGGCGCUGUUUUACGAAGAAUUCGCCGCCUGGCUAGAGGGCGCAGGGCGCUGGAAUCAAGCAGAUGAGGUUUACAGGCUCGGAAUUGACCGUGAGGCUCGCCCUGCUGAGCGAUUGCUGCGAAAAUACAGCGAGUUCCAGCAGCGCUAUGAGCAGCGGCCACAAGAUGCCGGGCCUUCGUCUCCUGCGCUUCCGACUGUUCGGCCUGCGCUUGCGGCGAAGGUUGAUCCAUUCGCUGCUUCGGAUACCUCUGACCCACAAGCAUCACAGCGCAGCCAGCCCCGGGUAGGGGGAGGCACCAAAUCAAAAUCUGGCAAGCCGAAGAUGGCCAUCUUCUCGGAUGGCGAUGCGGAGGCAAGCCAGCCGGCGACCAGUGGACAGACGAAGGGAUGGGAAACGAUUGGGUCCAUGGAGGAGCGCAAGAAGGAGAACAGGGUAGAGGCGAAACCGUGGGUGGGAGAGACUUUGAAAGCGGGAAAGAAGGCAGGUCCAUCACAGAAGAUGGCUAUCUUCCGAGACGAGUCCAAUUCCAAUCCACCUUCUCAAGAACCCAGUGCACCUAAACCAUCAGUUCCAGAACACCAUGUAAGGGAAGCGGUAAAUCCUCGGACAGGCCGUCGCGAAAGAGUGUUUGUCCAUUUGGAGGCAGUGUAUCCGGAUCGACAUAAUCCGGCCCACGAAGUCAGUUUCGAGGAACUACGCGCAAUCAAACGGGGUUGGAUGAAUAAGAACUGGAAGGCGCAGAAGGAGCCGCUGCAGCAGAUAUCUGGCAACAAAAGUGCUUCCGAGUCUCAGCCAUUGAAGCCCAAAGCACUUGGCCCCAAAACCGAUUCUCAGCCACUAGCGCAAUCGAAGCCUGAGAUGGAAGAACGGCCGCCGCAGGGCGAGGAAUCUCACGAUGCAAAAGCCAGCAAAGCAAGGCGGUUCAAGGUCCAGGGAGAAACACAGACAAUCAAAAUGAAAUUUGACUCGCCUUCGAAUUCUAAGGUCCGCCGCAAGAGUACAAGAGAGCCAACCAUGACUAUGCACACACGCGCCGCUACGGAUGAAAUAUACGAUCUUUUCAACCAGCCGCUAAAGGCCGAGACCUACGACGCGAACGAUAGCAUGUUUGGCAGUGAUUAUGAAGAUGACGACUGUGCCAGUACUGCCGAUACUACAGGUCACAUUUCCUCAACCUCGAGCGAUUUUGCGGACGAAGAAACUCAUACAUUCCACAAGUCAUACGACGAUACGGAAUAUGCGGACACCACUCGAGGCAGCAUCAUUGGGGACGACUGGACAGAAUUCAGCCCCAGUAAAGAUAUCCCCGGUGGCGGGAUUGGCGAUACUACCACCAACUCGAUGAUUAGCGAUGAUACUCGUGGCGACCGAUCCAACACAGGAACCCCGGAGCGAGAACGAUUCGUACCCCAAAUGCCAGAGGACUAUGCUCCUCCAUACGGGACAUAUCGUGAUCCUGCGAUCAUGGCUCAGAAUCGACUACCGGUCAUGACCCCCAUCACAGAGCGGACGGAGUCUUCGAUAUCAAUGACAGCGGCUCGUCAUCAGCUCUACAGUGCCAAGACCCCAUCUAAACCGCAAAUGGGCGACUUGCUUCUCUCCAGCCCGGUUGGCACCACGACCCCAUACCAUGGAGACCAAACCGUAUCUUCUGCUAUGGAUGCUCCUCUCAGUCCCACAGCAUUCAAGUCAAUUGCCCCCAAGGCACGCCGCCGCGAGGCGAUUAUCAAAGACUUGCGGUGUAACCCAACAGAUAAGGGAAUCCGCAACACCAUUUUGAAUUCGCUCGAGCCUUCGUUGGCAACUUAUGCUGGGUAUCAUGGCCAUGUGAAAGAAAGUAACUAUAGGUCUAUGAUCGAGAAAUUUGUCAAAAAUCACGCUCGACGCUCAAAGUGCCCUGAUGAUGAGCUUGACAUGCCCAUCCUCGAGUUUCCAGGAGCUGAAAGAAGCUAUCUGAUCCGACGAGAGCUCGGAGCGGGUGCAUACGCCCCGGUCUAUCUUGCGGAAAGCGUGGAUAGUCUUGAGUCCUACGAUUCCGACUCCGAUGAUGAAAACUCUCCUUUGCACAGUGGAGGUGGUUCGCGCUCCAAAAGAGCGAGUCCGUACGCUACUGCCCGUUACCCAUUCGAGGCCGUCAAGGUGGAGAAUGGGUCUUCGAGUGCAUGGGAGUUCUACAUGAUUCGAACUGCAUAUGAGCGUGUCCGAAGCUCUGAAUAUUCUCGGGCCACGGAUAGCAUUGUUCGCGCCCACGAAUUGCAUGUUCAUCAGCGUGAAAGUUUCCUCGUCGAGGACUAUCGCGGCCAGGGCACAUUACUCGACCUUGUCAACAUUCUUCGAAACGAGCAAAUCGGCUCGAACGGGGAAGGCGGGCUUGAAGAAUCCCUGGCUAUGUUCUUUUCCGUUGAGCUUCUCCGCACGGUCGAAGCACUGCACGCUAAUGGCGUUCUUCACGGCGACAUCAAAGCCGAUAAUUGUUUAGUCCGUCUUGACGAGGCAACCCCGGACGACGUCCCAACUAAGGAGCUGUCCCUUUUAGAUCUUGGAGCGGACGGGCCGGAUCAUCGGGACAGUAUAUAUUACUCUCCAAACGGCUACUACGGGUGGCGGAGCAAGGGCCUAGACCUGAUCGACUUUGGCCGCAGCAUCGACAUGCACGCCUUUUCUCCAUCAGUGCAGUUCAUUGCAGACUGGGAAACUGGAACCCAUGAAUGCAAUGAAAUCCGCGAGAUGCGUCCUUGGACGCACCAGAUCGAUCUGUACGGCAUUGCUGGUGUCAUCCAUGUUCUCUUGUUUGGCAAAUACCUCGAGUCGAUGCCCGUGCGCCGCAGCACAGGCGAUGCUUCCGGCACGACCCACACCUACCGCAUCCGCGAGUCCCUCAAGCGCUACUGGGACCGGGAGCUCUGGGCGGAUGUUUUUGAUUUGCUCCUGAACCCUACUGCUGACCGCUGGGCUCGAAUGGAGUACGGAGACAAUAAUGUGACUAUGUCAGCACCUGUGCUUCCCGUCAUCCAGUCUAUGCGCCACGUUCGUCAGAGUAUGGAGGACUGGCUUGUUGCUAAUGCUGAGAAGAAGGGUCUCGCACUGCAGCUGCGGAAGAUCGAGGCUUUGCUGGCCGAUCGGAAGAAGAAGCUUGAGCGUUCUUGA